CAAACAGCUGUAAUCUAAGAGACAUCGACCCUCCUUCCUCAAAGUGUUGCCUGCCCUCCCUUUUGCCCACUCAACUUCCACCAGCAAAUCGGCAAUGCAUGAACUCUGUGACCUCAAGGUUCACAUCGAUGGCAGGCACGUCUUCUUCCUCCAUCAGAAAGUCCUCUGUACAUUCUCAGGCAGACUGAAGAGAACGGUGAGGAGUCUACCGAAGGGCCUGGGACUACGGAUAAUGGAGUUCCCGGGAGGCCCCCGUGGCUUUGAGCUGGUCUCCUGCUUCUGUUACAACAAUGGAAGCAUUGACAUUAACCCCUCCAACGUCGGUCUCCUCCACAGCUCCGCAAUUCUUCUCGAAAUGACCGAAGAGAUGGUCGACGGCAACCUCGUGCGCCAGACUGAGGCCUUCUUGGACGGCCUCUUCGACUGUGCAUGGAACGACAUCAUCACGGCCUUGAAGAGCUGUGAGCUCUUCUUCCAUGCCGCCGACUCCUGUGGCCUGCUCCAGAAGCUCGUAUCGACCUUACUUGCUAAGAUAGCAUCCAAUUCGGAGAACGCAUUGAUUUCCUCAGUGUCAUUUCCUUCCUCUGCCUCCUCCUCCCCUGACGCCUCUGCUUUCAACUGGGAGUGGUGGUUUGAUGACCUCACUGUGUUGGCUCCGGGCACGGUAGAGAAGAUCAUGAAGGCUCUUGGGGCUUACGGCGCCGACAACAAGAACCUUCUUCUGACCAGGUUUCUUCUGCAUUAUCUGAAGACGGCGGCGCAGAAGCCGUGCUGCAGAGAGAAGCACAGUGGCCUGGCAGACACCGCAGUCCAUGGUGUGGCGGUGGUGGGAGCGGCAGCCUUUUCAUGCAGAGGGCUGUUCAGGGUGAUGAGGGUGCUGACAGGGCUAGGGCUCAGCAGGGAAUGCAAGGGGAAGCUGGAGAGGGCGACAGGGCAGGUGCUUGACCAGGCCACAUUGGAUGAUCUCCUGGUGACAGGCCACGGUGGUAGUGGUGUAUACGAUGUGAAUCUGAUUCUGAGAUUGGUGAGAACAUUUGUAAACUCAGAGCAGGGUGGUUCAUCCUUGCAGAGGAUGAAGAAGCUUGGCAGAUUGAUCGACAAGUACAUCGUUGAGAUCUCUCCAGAUCAGAAUUUAAAGAUAUCAAAGUUUCUGGAGGUGGCCGAGUGCUUGCCAGAUUCAGCCCGGGACUGCUUUGAUGGAGUCUAUAAAGCAGUAGAUAUCUUUCUUGAGUCACACCCGACUCUAACCGUCGAGGAGAGAACGAGGUUGUGUGGAUGCCUUAACUAUGAGAAGCUCACUCUUGAAGCCUGCAAAGAGCUCGCAAAGGGCCGGCGAGUUCCGCCGACGGUAGCCGUGCAAGCAUUGGCCUCCCAGCAACACAAGGUGGAAAAUUGGAGCAGUAUUUGUAAAUUGAGAAGCAUCGCUUCUUCAGAGUCAGAGGAGGAGGAGCAGGAGGAGGAGGAAGAGGAGCAGCAGCAGCUCAGGCUUAGCUUUCAAAGAAUGAUGAUGGAGGUGUGCAGGAACAUGAAAGGGAGGAGCGCAAUAAGUCAUGGUAGUAAAGGACUGCCAAGGCUCUGCUGAAUUGCUAAUAUAUAUAUAUUUAUUUUUGCUUCUUCUCAUUUUUAUUUUGUAUAAGAAUUGUAAGGUUUGAGUUGUGAUAUUGAAUGAAAUGGUAAAGUUUCAGAUU